AGUUCAAAGACCCUCAGUAUAGUCAAAAGGCCCUCGACAAAAUAAAAGAAUAAAAAAAUUCUCUGAAUUUUUAAAAUUUAAAUAAAAUUGAUUCGUCCUUUGAUACAAAUGAUGUUAAAAUAAUUAAAGUGUUAAAUAGUUGUUAAUAAAUCAUUAUGACCACAAUUGAAGAACUACGCUCUGAAGUAGAGCGAUUAACACGCGAAUUAGAUUUGCAAAGUUCCGAAAUCUCUCAAUCGGCUAAAUAUGGUCUCGGUUUGCUUGAAGAAAAGUUAUCGCUUCAAUCAAAAUGUGAAGAGCUUGAGAAUCUUUAUGAAAAUACAAAACAUGAGUUGGAUAUUACUCUUGAGGCUCUUACAAAGUUUCAAUCGAGUCAAAAAGUCACAACGAAAACUGGGAUCGAGCAGGAAGAUGCAUUGCUCAAUGAAUCAGCUGCAAUAGAAACAUCACUUAAUUUACAAAUUCUCGAACUUGAAAAUGAAACGAAACAACUUCGGCAUGAACUUGAAAGAGUUACAAAUGAACGUGAUCGAAUGCUUCAAGAAAACACAGAAAUGGGUCGUGAUAAAUCGGGCACAGAAGUUGAGAGAUCGAAACUUAAAGCUGAGCUAAAAGAAAUGAAAUUUCGUGAGACGAGAAUGCUUCAAGAUUAUUCAGAACUCGAAGAAGAAAAUAUAACACUUCAAAAGCAAGUUUCGAGUUUGAAAAGCUCACAAGUAGAAUUUGAAGGCGCUAAGCAUGAAAUUCGUCGAUUAAGUGAAGAAAUUGAAGUGUUGCAAUCUCAAGUUCAAGAUCUUGCAAAUUUAAAGAAAAUUGCUGAAACCCAAAUGGAAGAAGCACUGCAAGCAUUGCAGUCAGAACGUGAAGCCAAAUAUGCUCUUAAGAAAGAACUUGACACUCACAUCAAUCGUGAAUCUAUGUACAACAUCAGUAACUUGGCUUACAGCAUUCGAGGAAUGGAAGACAGUGUCGGGGGAAGUGACUUAGAAGAAGAUUUCUCGACACUUAAGCGACUUGAAGCUGACUUGGGUAAUGAUUUGAAGUCACCUGACGGAGCUAAAGUUGAUCUCUUCUCGGAGAUUCAUCUGAAUGAAUUGAAAAUGUACGAGAAGCAACUGGAAACGCUUGAAAGUGAGAAAGCAAAUUUAACUUCAAAUCUUCGCGAUGCUCAGCAAAAUUUAGACAAAAGUCAAAACGACUUACAGAAUUUCAUUGCCAAAGUUACACUUUUAGCAGCUCAUGUUGAUUCUUUACAUUUCCUGCGUAAACAAAUCGAGAAGGAAGAUCAAUUGAAGAGCUCAACGGAUGAUCAGAAACAGAAAAUUAUUAACGAGAAGCUCAAUGAAAUUGUUCAUCAAUACACAAGUUGGUUCACUUUGAGUUCGAAAGAAAUUGAUGUGUUGAAGUCAGAUAUUAAUGAACUUCAGAAAGAAAUUGCUUGCAAUGAUGCAAUGUCAUUAUUACGGAAUGAAAUUACCAAUUUGAAGAAUAAACUUCUUAUGACGGAACAAAAGACUUUGGAUCUUCAUGCUGAUGUCAAAACACUUUCAGUUUUAUCCCAAAAUGCCGGUCAAAGUUUGAACUCAGCACGAACAACUUUGGUGACAUUGAGCGAUGAUUUAGCUCAACUUUAUCAUCUCGUUUGUACUGUUAAUGGUGACACGCCGAAUAGAGUUGUUUUAGAUCACAAGACAGAAGAUUUAUCAUUGGACAACGACUCGCUUAGUGCAAUUCAAUCGCAACUUAAAUCAGACAUUCUCAUUCAACAACCGAACGUUUUUGAAGACCUACAAGGACUUGGUGAUGCCAUUGAAGUUAAGAAAUAUGUUGACACUAUCAAAGAUCAGAUAAAAUACUUGAAAACAGCUGUUGAACAUGCUAUCGAGCUUAACAAGGAUAGAAUUCCAGGAAAUCUUAAUCCGACUGAUAAAGAAACGAGUGAAGAAAUUGCUGAUCUUCACGAGCAAAUCAUCAAACUCAAAUCUUUGUUAUCAACAAAACGUGAACAGAUUGCGACACUUCGAACUGUGCUUAAAUCAAAUAAAAACACCGCUGAAGUUGCAUUAAAUAAUCUUAAAUCGAAAUAUGAAAACGAGAAGAUUGUUGUGAGUGAUACGAUGUGCAAUUUGAGGAAUGAAUUGAGAAUUUUGAAGUCAGAUGCAGCGACUUUCUCAAGUCUCCGUGCAAUGUUUGCAGCUCGAUGUGAAGAAUAUGUCACUCAAGUUGAUGAGUUAACGAACCAACUUUCAGCUGCUGAAGACGAGAAGAAAACACUCAAUCAAUUGCUUCGUCUUGCCGUUCAACAAAAGCUUGUGUUGACACAAAAGUUGGAAGAAUUUGAAAUGGAUCGAGAAUUCCGACAUGCUAAUGUACGUCGACAACCACCACAGAGAGGCUCAGGAAAAUCGCCAUUCGCUCGAUCAUCACCAGGCCGUACAACGAACAGCUCUAAUUUCUUCUAACAGAAGUUAAACAUUCAGCGAAAACUUAUGGCCUUGGUUUACACACUUUUGAACAUGUAGAUGAAACUUUUAUCUAUGAUCGUUUAAAAGUUGUGCGAAUAACUUCUUUUUUUUGGGUUGAGUUGUGUUGUAAGUCGGGAAACUCAAAUAAAUAAAACAAAAUUCAUUACUUGUGGGCUCAACUUCACAUACACACACAAACAUAUUUUACAUAACUUUCCUGAUCAUCUGUAUCAUUAUUUAAUUAACACGGAUGUUUUCUAAAGAAAAAUACAAAACUUUGCGUCCAAGUGAAAAUAUUUAAUUAUAAUCAUAAUACCGAGCCGACUUAAAAAUAUGAAUGAUGAAAACUAUUUGACCAGAAAGAAAUAAAAAUAAUUAAAUAAAUUGGAUCACCGUCCCUUUAAUGAAAUCAUGAUUGAAGAGGAAUCUAAAAUAAUAAAACUUUUCACCGUCCCUUUGAUGAAAGAUAAAAAAAAUUAUUGCAAAGAAGAUAAACCAGCCAGAUCCAAUAAAAAGAGUUGUUUUAAUUUAGUGAUUUAAAUAAGUUAGCUAUUUACUUACUUAAUGAAUGAUUCUGCCGAACAUAUCAAAGUGCAAGUGUCGCAAGAGAUGAUAAAGCACUAGAAUUGAAUUGAGAAUUAUUUUUGCAAUAAUUGAAGGAAUUUCCGUGAUAAAAAUAGAAGAAGCAUGUCCUGUAGUUGUUCGGUAGAAAAAUCUUCAAUAUGAUUAGAAACUCUUUUUUUUUCACUUCUUUUAAUUUAUCAAAUAACUGCCUUUGACAUUUUGUUACUUAAAUAUUCCAUGAAUAAUAAAGAAGAUUAUUGGUGUGGGGAUUAAAAAUAAUCAUGAUAAGAUGGAAUGGAGAGAAAUAUUCUUCAUUCGUCUGUUAAAAGUAAUAAAUAGAAAUUCUUGCGGCUCUUCAUUGCAGAAAUGUUGAUUGACUUUACUGUAAAUUUACAUUGUAAAUUAUUAUAAAAAUUCAGUUCUACAUCCCUGGAUUUUCGAAACGAUUCUCGAUGAUGAUGAAGAGUCGCACGAAUAACUUUAAAAGCUCCAAGAAAUAUAAAUUACCCUGAAAGGUGAAACCAUUAAUAAUGAACUUAAUUUAUUAAUUCACUUAAUAUUGUAUGAGAUAAAAAUAUAGUUGGUAGCUUUUUUCUUACUAUUCUUUCAUCGUGUCUUUAGAUUCGAAUGAUUUUAUGAUGAAAUUAUUAAAUAGCAGCUUUUAUAAUGUUCAACUGCUCAUGUUUCUUUGUAUCUUAAUAGAUAUUUGUGAAAGCAAGAAAAAACUCGGGUUUCAUUAUCAUUUUAAUGGAAAACCCUCUUAACGUCCUUAGAAAAUAUUAGAAAAAAGGAAGAUGAAGAUGAAUAGAGAUUAAAUAAUGAAAAUAACUUAGAAGUUUAAACAGACUAAAUAAUUUAUUUGAAUUACUCAACAUGAUUAAUAGAAUUAAUCUAAAUAUAAAAAGUAAAUAAUUAGAGGUCAUUUUUUAUUUUCUUCUUUUUUUACUUUUGAAAUCAUAAAUUUAUUGAGCUUAUGUUUUUAAUUAACAUACACUGAUAACAUGACUUUUUUUACGAUGGCAGUUUAUUGAUGUUGUGGUCCCUACCUCUGAAUAUUAUGCAAAAUUUACAUCCAAUAAGCUGAAAUAUUUCUUUUAUUAUCAUAAUUUUUUAUUUACCUAAUAUAAAAUAAUAUUUCGAUGAAAAAUUAUUCCAAUAUUCUGUAAACUAAAUUUGAUUUGAAAAUUAAUAAAAUUAUAGAAUUUCUUAUCAGAAAAAAA